CAGGGCGAAGGUCUUGUCGCAGUAGGAGCAGCGGUAUGGUUCGUUGCGGUCGUGGAUCUGCUGGUGGAUGACAAGGCUCAACAGGGUUGGGGCAGUAGACCAUCUUCCUGCCGGUGUUGGUUGGGUGCUGCUGCCUCGGUCUGCGGCUCCAAAGCUGUGGGUGAUCGUCUGCCAGCAGGGAGAGAUCAGAGGUCACGUUAGGCUGAAUAAGAGAAGAUGGCGGCGUCCUGUCUGCACCGCGUCGUCCUCAGUCAGACUCUGAGCGGGUUCAGGUCUGCAGGACCCUGCAGGAUCUCAGCUGGAAGCAGGUCUCACCUGAGCAGACAUCAGAGCAGCACCUCUGUGACAUCACAGCCAGUGGCGGGAAAGCACUCGGCCUGCUGGGUAAAAGUGAGCGGACAUGAGUCCAUCGGGAGAAACUUCCAGAACACACAGAGCGGAGGAGGAAGAGGAGGAGGAAGAGGAGGAGGAGGAGGAAGAGUACUGUGGGCAGCAGUUGGCUUCUCCCUGUUCAGCAGGACUGAUGAAGACCACCGCGAUGAAGCUCAGAGGAAAGAGGACGAGAUGAUUCUGCUGCUGAAGAGGGCGAAGCUCAGUGUGUAUCGGGGUCAGCUGCAGGCUGCGUCUGGUUUCCUGCAUCAGGCCGUCGUUCUGGCUCAUCAGACCCACAACAACCAGGCCAUCAUCUACACCUACAGCCAGAUGGCGAACCUUGCCUACGUCCAGGGUCAGCUGGACAGCGCGGAGAAACUCUUCAAAGCAGCGAUGAGCUUCAUGCUGUCAGGAGGAACGCCACAGGACGACAAUGCCGUCAUUGAGAUGUCUCUGAAACUCGCCACCAUCUACGCUGAACAGAACAAGGUGGAGCUGGCGGAGCAUGGCUUCAAGUUCUGUAUGGAGUCUCUGGAGGCCAAACUGGAGAAACAGAAGGACAUCCCAGCAGAAGAGCAGACAGAGGAGCAGGAGGAUCUGAGGAAGAACACCCGCCUCCUGCUCGGUCUGUGUUUGGACUCACGGGCUCGAUACCGAGCAUCAACGAAGCACCUGAAACAGGCCGGACAGGACUACCAGAGCGCCCUGAACAUCUGCCGCCAGGAGCAGGGAGAGACACACCCACAGACACUGGUGCUGAUGAGUGACCUGGCCACCAUCUUGGAUCUGCAAGGUCGCCAUGACGACGCCCUGGUGCUGGUGCAGCAGGCUGUGGAUCUAAGCCGUUCAGCCGGACACCCGGACCAACAUGUGCUGCUGGGAAACAUGGCGGGCAUCCUGCUGCACACAGGUCGGCUGGAGGACUCGGUCCGGUUCUACCAGGAGGCUCUGAGUCUGGCCCAGCAGGCAGGAGACCAGGAGGCUGUGGACCACAUCCAUGAGGGACUGAAGGAAGUGAAGAAAAAGAGGAAGGAGGAGGAGGAGAGGAAGGAGGAGACAAAAGAGGAGGAGAGGUGAAGAAGAAGAGAAAGGAGGAAGAGGAGGAGGAGGAGGAGGAGGCUGCAGAGGAGAGACAGACCUUCUGGUUCUACUUCAGUGUUUGUCUCUGCCAUCUCUCUGAGUCCAUCUUUGUGUCAGAGGAACAAACUGUGUCCACACUGAUUCUGGGUCCUACUGGUUCCUACUGGUUCCUACUGGUUCCUCCCUGUUCCUACUGGUUCCUACUGGUUCCUCCAUCAGGACAAAAUGUCAUCUUGUUCAUGUGAAAUCAGGUGUCAAUGUUGUUAAAUAAACUGAACUUUCAGUAUAAUUAACUCAUAAAGAUCCGAUAAAUGUUUGUUUUAUCGUGUUUGUGUAAAACUGAAGUUGCUGAACAAUCUGAAUAAAUCCGUCUGAACACCAUCA